CCUGAAUCAACGGUGCAUAUUUAUAUCUCCAUCCCCCGAAGGGAGGGAGAUUACCGCAAUACGGCUAUUUAACCGAGCCCUGGGGCGCAUAGAUGGCAUGCACCCUUUAUGCGGGGUGGUCCGAGCUACGGAUGGCAAUGACUUAUUCAUCUCAUCGAUCAUACCUUGGUGGUUGGGUUAUAGCGGCAGGGUUAACUUACUGAUGGGGGCGGGAAACAGGUAUAUAUGAAAAUGCAUCUCCAACAGCCCAGAAGAUGCAGUAUCAAGCUGCUCUGAUGAUAGGGGCACAAAGACAACACUACCCCUAUACCUUCCUUACCUGCUGCCCUGUCAGGCACCGUCAAGAUGAAGCUUUCCGCACCAGCAGCUGUCAUUCUCGCAAUAUGCGGGCACGGCGCCCUCGCGGAUGUGGUCAAAGAGGGCUCGACAUGCACCGUCACGCCGCUGGGCUCGGGCGAUGACACGCCCCAGAUCAAGAGCGCCUUCCAGCAGUGCGCGACAAACAGCCGCAUCAUCUUCCAGGAAGGCACAUACAACAUCCGGCAGGUCAUGGAGUUCACCAAGCUCCAGAACGUCACGAUCGACAUACUGGGCAAAUGGGUGUGGAGCGCCGACAACCUGCAGUACUGGAUCGGCAACACGCUGCCGGUCGACUACGCGGGCCUGCACACGGGCUGGAAGCUGGGCGGCCGCGACAUCCGGCUGCUGGGCCACGGCAGGGCGCUCUUCGACGGCAACGGGCAGGUGUGGAUCGACGAGAACCGCGACGGCAGCAACCGGCGCGGCCGCCCCAUCAACCUGACCAUCUGGCGCGCCACCAACGUGCUCGUGGACGGCAUCACCUGGCGCCAGUCGCAGUUCUGGCACACCUUUGUGGCCUACAGCAAGAACGUCACCAUGACCAACCUCGACAUGAGCACGCAGAGCAGCUCGCGCUGGUCGGCCGUCAACACCGACGGCGUCGACACGUGGAACUCGGAGGACGUGUUCAUUCGCAACUGGACCGUCCGAUGCGGUGAUGACUGCAUCUCAGUAAAAGCCAACAGCAAAAACAUCGACGUGCGCAACGUGACGUGCUACGAGUCCGGCUGCGCCGUGAUCGGAUCCCUGGGCAACGGCAACAACGGGCCCGAGACGGUCGACGACGUGCUCUUCUCCGACUUCCGGUGCAACCACUCGUCCAACGCGGCCUGGAUCAAGACAUACCCAUCAUCAUCAGGGCGCGUGCGCAACGUGACCUUCCGCAACUUCGAGUUCAGCGACGUCAACCAGCCCAUCUACAUCACGCCCUGCACCUACUCGGGCCAGAACUGCGACGGCUCGCGCCUGCCCAUCGAGGACAUCACCUGGUCCAACAUCCGGGGCACCAGCCGCUACAACGUCGCCGCGGGCAUGCACUGCUCGGCCGCCGCGCCGUGCAAAAACCUCAGGUUUGAGAACAUCGACAUCCGCCCCAAGGACGGCGGCGCCGCAAAGGUGCUGUGCGCCAACAUCCAGAACCAGGCGAGCAUGGGACUGCAGUGCACGGGGAGCUGUCCCGGCAACUGGCCGCAGCAGCUGAAUGGGGACCGGUGAAGAAGGG